AUGGCUUUUAAACGCGGUUUGGCUUACGAAGAAAUUGCUACUUUUUUGGAAAUAAUUUUAGACGACUCGGAUUCACUGGAAAAUACCACCGGCUUUGGCGGUUUGCCUGAUGUUACCGAACACUCCAAUAUACGUCGUACCAUAUCCCGCCAAAAUUCCACAUCGAACAGUGAUUCUGGUGGUGAAAUAUCAAGUAUACAAAAAUCAAAAGUUAAUUUCAAUGACACUAAAUCACCUUCAGAUGCCACUGAAACCACCACCGUAGAUGCAGCGACGAAAACAAAACGCAAAUCGAAAGGUUCCCAGCAACUGCAUCAUCACAACAGUCAUCAUCAUCUUCAUCACAAUCGCCAUCGUCACGGUGGUGGCAGUGACAAUGUACAGCACAAAAUCGGUCGCAGUUCAUGUGUUAUUGUAUUAACACUGAUUGUUGCACUGGGCCUGCUGGCUGUCGCAACAACACUAUUGUAUCAGCAUUUUGUUACGACACCCAGCCGCAACUCACACACACAAAGACUGAAAAUCGUUACACGCAUAUUGCGUGACGUGCCCCUGGUCGAUGGGCAUAAUAAUUUUGCGUGGAAUGUUCGUAAAUAUGCACACAGUAGUCUGGAGCUGGUGCAUGUGAGCAAUGAUAUAAAUCAUAAAUCGAUGUGGGUACGACCGGCCUGGGCGCAAACGGACAUGGAGCGUUUAAAGCAGGGUCAUGUGGGUGUUCAAGUGUGGUCAGCCUAUGUGCCGUGUGAAGCACAAGGUUUGGAUGCUGUCCAAUUGGCAUUGGAACAAAUCGACAUAAUCAGGCGCCUCACUGACAUGUAUCAGCAAGACACUGUCUUAGUGCAAUCAUCGGCUGACAUACAGACGGCGCAGCGUCAUGGAUUAAUGGCCUCCCUGAUUGGCAUAGAAGGUGGCCAUGCGAUUGGCUCUUCGCUGGGGGUGUUGAGAUCCUUUUACUCUUUGGGAGCACGCUACUUGAGUUUAACGCAUAAAUGUGAUGUUUCAUGGGCCAGUUCUAGUUCGGCCUUGAUUGAUACAGGUUUAACGCAAUUUGGCAAAGCUGUGGUGCGCGAAAUGAAUCGUUUGGGCAUGAUGAUUGAUUUGUCCUAUAGUUCGGAUACCACAGCCAGAGAUGUGCUGCAGGCCACCCGAGCUCCGGUGAUAUUUUCCCAUUCGGGUGCACGUCAAUUAUGCAAUUCAACGCGUAAUGUUCCAGAUGAUAUACUAAGAUUAGUGGCCGAAAAUGGUGGCCUCAUUAUGAUCUCCUUCGAUUCGGAAGAUGUGACUUGUGGUCGCCAGGCUAGACUUGAAGAUGUGGUGGAACAUAUUAAAUAUAUUAGAGCCAUUGCGGGUAUACAACACAUUGGUUUAGGAGCUGGUUAUGAUAGCAUAGAACUGCCACCCAUAGGUCUGGAAGAUGUUUCCAAAUAUCCUGAGCUUUUGGCCACCUUACUGGAAGAUCCCAACUGGAGUGAGGAGGACGUGGCCAUGUUGGCGGGUAAAAAUUUCUUACGCAUUAUGGAGACCGUUGAAAACGUUAGAGAGUUCUGGAAACGUGCUGCCAUUACACCAAUCGAACAGACUGAACCACAACCGAAAACACAAUGCACCUACAUGGCAUCGUGACCACAGGCACAGGCCAUUGUACGAAAGACACGACAAGUGUCUCGCAAUACCUGGCAGUACAAUGAAACACAAAACCAAUUGAUGCAGACAGCCGAGACGCUAGUGCCGUUGGAACAUGAAAUCAAUAAUCAAACGAAAAAAUCAACGCUGUUGAGGGGUGGCGAGGCAGGUGGAGCUGAUGGUGCAGUUGGUCAACAAAUAGAAUUAAUGAAAUUUAAUUUCUAGUUAGGUACUUUACACAUCUAUACAUAGUGUGUGCAAUAGUAUUUAGUACUUCCUACGAAACUAAGUAACUGGUUAGUUAGACACGCAUUAAAUCAAAUAGUUACAGGUUAGUUGUGGUGUGCGCACACAAAUAUACUUAUAUACAUAGCUAUCCUGCAGUUAAAAAGGUCAACUCUGCCGAAAAUACCUAAUUUAUAAGGACUUUAUGACAAGCUUACACUUUGAUAUUUGUAACUGGUCACUUUUCUUAUACAAAUUUAUGUAGAGAAUGGCAAAAGAUCCCCUCUGCAUUACCCUUUACCAAUAAACUAGUUAAUUCGAUAUUUACAUAAUGUGAGUGGCAGCAGAAUCAAGCAAAACCUCAAAGAUCCUGUUGUGGUAAAGACUAAGUUUUGUCUGAAUUAUAUAUAAAAUGGUUUAACGUUGCCGGGUUUGAGCCGACCUAAAGCCAUCAAUUAAAAGUAGUCAAAACAAAAAGUACACAUGUCACCAAACGUCUACCAUUGACUACUAAUUUCACCAGUAAAUGGUAAUGCAGAGAGUGCCAAAUUACCCCCAAAUAAUGUAAGUAAGUAAGUGUUAAAUUCACCAUUAAAUAGCCCUAUUAGUAAAUUGGUGAAGAACUAAAGCAUUUGUCUGCAUGAAACUAGCUCCACGAACUGCAGGGUAUCUAUGUAAACAAUUGAGAGUUUAUGUGGGUGUGCGCACAGUUAAAAGUUUUAUGAAGUACUUUACACUGUAAUGUUAAAUUGUAUUUGUAUGACUAAACACUGGUAUGCAACAGCAACACAAAUAUUUAUGUAGUUAAACAAAAAUAAAAUUGGUUUGAAAUCAAAAAA